GAGACAUCAAAAACAAAUCUGAGAGACACAGUUCAUCCUCUCAUUCGCACAAGGGCGCUCCUCUCUCUUCCUCUCUUCUCUUCCAGCUUCUUGCUCAUCCUUUGUCAACCAUUGUAGGAGAGGGCUUGAAAUCUUCUCCGACAACAAUGGCGAGGCUCGAGUUUGCAAUAACGUGUGCUCUGACGCUUCUUGCACUUUCAUCGGUGGCUUCUGCAGCUAUCGUCGAACACACCUUUCAAGUGAAAAACUUAACGGUGAGUAAGUUGUGCCACCGGCAAGUGAUAACGGCGGUGAACGGGAGCCUGCCGGGUCCAACCAUCCGCGUCAAGGAAGGCGACACCCUUCACGUUCACGUCGUCAACGAGUCCCCUUACAACGUCACCAUCCAUUGGCAUGGAGUGUUUCAACUGAUGAGUGGCUGGGCCGAUGGACCUUCUUACAUGACUCAGUGCCCGAUCCGUCCGGGCUCGAGCUACACCUAUAGAUUCACCAUCACAAAGCAAGAGGGAACCCUUUGGUGGCACGCCCAUGUGUCAUGGCUCCGAGCAACAGUGUAUGGGGCACUGGUCAUCCGUCCUAGAUCGGGCCACAAGUACCCAUUCCCUAAGCCUCACAGAGAAGUCCCCAUUCUUCUUGGGGAGUGGUGGAACGCCAAUGUCAUUGAUGUUGAGAACCAAGCCCAGGCAACCGGUGCAGCACCGAACAAUUCUGAUGCCUAUACGAUCAACGGAAGGCCCGGCAACCUUUACAAUUGCUCUAAGAAAAAUACCUAUAAGUUGAAGGUGCAGCAAGGAAAGACCUACCUGCUGCGCAUAAUCAACGCUGCGCUCAAUAACCAGCUUUUCUUCACGAUAGCUGACCACAAGAUGACCGUGGUCGCCGUGGAUGCUUCGUACACGAAACCUUUUGUCACUAACGUAGUGCUCGUGGCGCCAGGCCAGACAACUGACGUCCUCCUGACCACCGACCAGACCCCAGGAGCCUACUACAUGGCGGCACGUCCAUAUGCCAGUGCACCCAAUGUGCCGAUAAAUAACAGCACAACCAGAGGGAUCAUGGUGUACGAAAACGCACCGUCGACAUCAAUGACUCCCAAGAUGCCCGCUCUCCCUCGCUUGAAUGACACAGCCACAGCCCACAGGCUCAACAGUAACCUGACAAGCCUCGUUGGCGCCCCUCAUUGGGCGCCAGUGCCACGUGAUGUUGACGAGCACAUGUACGUGACCGUCGGACUGGGGCUCGAGCGGUGCGAAAAGAAUCGGACUUGCGGAGGACCGAAUGGGCAGAAGUUGUCGGCUAGCAUGAACAAUCAUUCCUUCCAGUUCCCUACCAAGCUAUCCAUCCUAGAGGCAUUCUUUUUCAACGUGAAAGGGAUCUACACCACUGACUUCCCGAACAAGCCGCCAGUGAAGUUCGACUACACGAACACGAUCAACAGCAACAACACGGCUCUCUUGUUCGCUCCCAAGAGGACCAGCGUGAAGAAGGUGAAGUUCAAUGCGACAGUAGAGAUGAUACUGCAAGACACAUCCCUGAUUACGCUCGAGAACCACCCGAUGCACCUGCACGGGUUCAACUUCCACGUGCUCGCACAAGGGUUUGGCAACUUCAACACCAGAACGGAUCGUAAGAAAUUUAACCUCGUUGACCCACAAAUCCGCAACACCAUUGGAGUGCCGGUCGGAGGAUGGGCUGCCAUCAGAUUCACAGCUGAUAAUCCAGGCGCGUGGAUCAUGCAUUGUCAUCUGGACGUCCACCUGCCGUUGGGUUUGGCCACCGCCUUCGUGGUGGAGAAUGGGCCAACUCCCGCCACUACGCUGCCCCCUCCACCAAAAGAUCUUCCCAAGUGUUAGAAGAAUUUUGGUACAUAACUGGAGAAACCGACCCCAAAAGAAGCUGAUGAUGGAUUGUUCCUCUUCAUAAAUUCAUUUUGUUUGUAGUUUUAGAUUUAGGCUUGCUCUUCCAAUUGAUCAAUUCAUUGCAAUAAUUAUUUUAAUGGAUUCUUUUAUCCAAAUAGGAACAAUAUUGUACGAUCAGAAGUAUCUAUGUUGUCACAUUCUUUCGAUCAUUGAAAUGGAAUUGUCUUGUCAUUGUUAUCAAUUUUUCCUAUAGCUUCUUCC